AUGUCUGCCGAUAAGUAUUAUACUCUUGCUGAAGGAUGUCCUUUCGCUAGCGACAGCACCGCAGUUUUAAUUCGGAAUCGUGGUCCGAGCGGUUUGGGUCUCCUUCAGGACACCCAGCUCAUUGAAACACUUGCGCACUUCAACCGCGAAAGAAUCCCUGAGCGUGCUUACGGAGAAUUCGAAGCGAGUGAAGACUCUUCCGACUUGACUUGUGCGAGCUUCCUUAGCAAAGCUGGAAAGAGAACGCCGCUUCUGCUUCGUGUUUCUACUGUCGGGCCCGAGUCAGGCUCUGCCGAUACUGCCCGAGAUGUUCAUGGCUGGGCCAUGAAGAUGUACACCGAUGAGGGUAACCUGGACCGGGUUUUCAACAACACUCCCGUGUUUUUUAUUCGCGACCCUAUCAAAUUCCACUCAGUGAACCGUUCCCAUAAGCGAAACCCACGAACCCACUUGCCCGAUCCGAAUAUGACCAUAUUAUACACAACUAUCACCGUAUUGACACUUCCCAGCUUCCAUGUCGGAAACCCGGAGGGAAUUCAUCAACUUUUGGUCCUCUUUAGUGACAGAGGAACCCCUGAAUCUAACGGCUCCUUCAACUACACCAAGAUUCACAUCAAGUCUCGCCAAAGGGUGAAGAACCUUACACAUGAAGAGACAACUCGGAUCGCAGGAGAGGAUCCCGACUAUAUGAUUAGGGAUAUGUAUGAGGCCAUCGAAAGAAAGGAAUUUCCGGAGUGGGACGCUCAAAACUACCGUUGGAAUAUCUUCGACAUGACGAAGGUCUGGCCACAUAAGGAUUUUCCGUUGAGGAAAAUCGGCAAAAUAACUUUAAAUCGCAAUCCCAACAACUAUUUCACAGAUAUCGAACAGGCGGCCUUCUCGCCAUCCACUAUGGUCCCCGAAUUUGCCGCUUCUGCGGAUCCUAGGAAGACACUGAUAAUAUCCUAA